AUGGAAGGGCACAAGAAGAUCCUUGAGGCGGUAGUUUCAGGUCAAUUGGCGCUGCUCGGGUUAGUUUCCAAACUAAAGGCUUUGCCAUAUGCGUCGCGAAUGGCUAUUCCUGCCAUUCUCAAUCUUCAUUUCGAAUUCGAGCCCCUCCCCCCUCAGCAGGCCGGGGUGUGUGACGCGCCCGGGUGUGACGCAGCGUUCGUGCGUCACGUCCCGGCCGCGAUGAGUGCCGCGAGUGGACGCCGCUUUUCAACAUUAGAUUGGAUUAGGGCGAAGUGUCAAUUAGGCCGCGCCCGACAAUGGGACCCCCUUUUGCCCUACCCCAGCCCCGUGCCCUACCCCAGCCCCGUGCCCUACCCCAGCCUCGUGCCCUACCCCAGCCCCCGUGCCCUACCCCAGCCCCGUGCCCUACCCCAGCCCCGUGCCCUACCCCAGCCCCGUGCCUUACCCCAGCCCCCGUGCCCUACCCCAGCCCCUUUUGCCCUACCCCAGCCCCCGUGCCCUACCCCAGCCCCGUGCCCUACCCCAGCCCGUUUUGCCCUACCCCAGCCCCGUGCCUUACCCCAGCCCCCGUGCCCUACCCCAGCCCCGUGCCCUACCCCAGCCCCGUGCCCUACCCCAGCCCCUUUGCCCUACCCCAGCCCCCGUGCCCUACCCAGCCCCGUGCCCUACCCCAGCCCCGUGCCCUACCCCAGCCCCGUGCCCUACCCCGCCCCGUGCCCUACCCAGCCCCUUUUGCCCUACCCCAGCCCCGUGCCUUACCCCAGCCCCCGUGCCCUACCCCAGCCCCUUUUGCCCUACCCCAGCCCCCGUGCCCUACCCCAGCCCCUUCCUAUACGAUCUAGGAAAAGAUCCUUGCUUCGGUAUGCUGCAAUGAGUGGCUCGAAACUGUUACUCAUUCCUGCACAGAAUCCCCGGCGACUGCGCGGAGAUUAA